AUGGAAUCUCUUUUUUAUCCUCAAAUUGAAUUUAUCCUAAAACGAGGCACGGGAAUUAAAGCUUGUCUGUUUGAUUCCGAAUCUAAACAGAUGAUAAGCAACUUGAUUCCCCUGUCUGUUUUCAGAGAUAACGGGUUCUUUUAUUUUGACUAUCUCACAAACAAAAACAGGACUAAAGUCGAUGGAAUGUGUUGCAUAGUAAUCGUAAGGCCCUGCAAUCUCAAAGUACUUCUUGAAGAGAUUGUUUGUCCUUUUUAUGGUAACUAUAUCAUUCUAUUUACCACACAGAUAGACCCCUUUGUUCUUGAAAUAAUGGCCAACACUGAUAUCCAUUCAGUAAUAUCAGAAGUUCAUGAAAUUAAUCUAGAUCUAUACAGACAGUCUCUAAAUUUGUACACUACAAACUCGCUUAUGUAUAAGAGAAACUUUGAUGCCCUAUUUUCCCUUUUACUAUCGUUAGAAAUGUCGCCUUCUAUCUUGGCAUUAAAUGAAAGUAGUAGCAAAGAGAACAUUGACAUGAAUGAAAGCAUGGUCAACUUGGGAAGGGACUUGUGCAAUAAGAUUGCUCAGUUUAACUUUCAGAAAAGAGGCACAUUGGUUCUUCUAAAGAGAAACUUCGACUUAAUUACACCUCUUUUAUAUGACUGGCACUACUUUUCUAUGAUAAAUGAGCAUUUCGAUCUUGAAAACUCUAUUGUUAAGGUAAACAAUAGAGACUACCUAUUAAACGAUGCAUUUUUUAAUAUCAACAAAUUUAAGCAAAUUGCUGAGGUGGGUGAGCAAAUAAAGAUUUUUAUCAAAGAAGUUGAGAAAAAUAAGCUCAGUAUUGAUGAUUUUGAGGAAAUCCAAGAAAUGGUCACACAGAAAACUAUUGCAGAAGUACAUCUAAGCAUCUACAAUAGGAUUAUCAAUGAGGCCGUUGGAAUUCAACAGAUCAGCGAGAUUGAAAAUGAAGUAUUGGUAAACAAGGACAUUAGUAUUGCUAGAGCCAUAGAAAAUCUUGGCAAUUCAAAUGCUUUGAAGGUGUUACUGAUAUACUUUUUGAAGUAUGUCAAAAACUGGGAAGAAAGUAGCAGGGCAUUUCCCAAAUUCCGCGCCGACCUUUUAAAAUUCUACGAAAGCCAUCGGCCCUUAAAUUACUGCUAUAAAAAUGGCUUUAAUACUGGGGUGGAUAUUAAGCUGGGAUACAUUUCGCCCUUGAAAAGAGUGGUUAAGCAUCUGGUGUUUAAUAAACUGAAAGACAAUUCGUUCGUUAGAUUUGGCAAUGUUGAAGACAUCACACCGAUAAUCAUUUAUAUUGAGGGAGGUGUGACAUUAAGAGAGCACAGGGAGAUUUGUGAGUUUGCAAGUGAACACAAAAUAGAAGUUAUAGUGAUAAGCAAUGAGGUGUUGAAUAGCAGUAAAUUUUUCAACUAUGCCAAAGGAUAA